ACAGAAGCGCGUGUUUAUGGUUUGUGCUUGUGUAAAGUGUCUACUGAAGGAAGCAAGGACGAAUUUCUCACCUAAAGACGAAAAUUAAACACUUAAAAAAUGUCGUCCGUGGAUUUGACCAAGUUAGGAGCCAACAAGCUGAAAAACAGCACGACUGGAGAGAUGGUGGAAAUCGGUUCACUUUGGCGUGACCAGACAGUCAUUCUCUUCUUCCUGCGGAGGUUUGGUUGUCAGGUGUGCCGAUGGAUGGCAGCAGAGGUCAGUAAACUGGAAAAGGACCUGAAAGCUAACGGUGUCGCACUGAUCGGCAUCGGACCUGAAGAGAUGGGAGUGAAGGAGUUCAAGGAUGGGGGAUUCUUCAAGGGAGACAUCUACAUUGAUGAGAUGAAACAGUGCUACAAAGAUUUAGGCUUCAAAAGGUACAACGCCAUGAAUGUGGUACCAGCUGCUAUGGGGAAGAAAGUACGAGAAAUUGCCUCAAAGGCUAGCGCAGAAGGAAUUCAUGGCAACUUCAGCGGAGAUCUUCUGCAGAGCGGAGGCAUGCUUAUAGUCGCUAAAGGUGGAGAGAAGGUUCUGUUGCAUUUCGUGCAGAAAACACCAGCGGACAAUGCAUCUCUUGAUGACAUUGCUAAAGCUCUUGGGAUCUCAGCCAACGUCCAAGCUGGUGAAAAGCCACAGUGCAAUGAUGAAGUCUGCACAAGAUAAAGGAUUCUGUGUUCUUCAGGGGACGGCACUGAACAAGACCACAUUAUUCAUAGACUUUGGAUAACCAGGAGUCAAUGUAAUUUUUUUUCCCCCCCUAAUCACCCCCCAAUAUGUCAUACUAUAUGUCGAUAAUUUUUUGUGAAGUAGUAAUUAAGUUCUUGCAAUAGUUGUCUAACGAGGGCUUCUAUAAUUGAACACUAAUCCUGCUGCCUUGAUCCUCAAAUACUUCUGCUGUUUCUGGACUGAAAUGGUUUAAGCUGGUAAAAGUCAAUCAACCACAAAAACAGGUUUACAAGUUUUGUUUUUUGUCAUAUGCUUUGUAUUAGGUUUAGUAGGUACUCCUUUCUUAUUGAGAUUCUUUAAAAUUCUAUGUUUAUUAUGAUUUAUGAAAAUUUCCAAAAACACUGACCAAAUGUGAUGUUAAAUGAAGAAUGUGAAUAAAAAUGUUCAAGAUAUAUUAAAAUUCAAAGAUUUAUAUAA